UACGGAAGACCUUGGAUAUAAAAUGAUGAUCAAAAGUGGAUUGUUGUGUUUGAUGCUGGUGGCUUUGGCGGCAUGUCAAAAUGUGUAUAACGUGACAAUCACGUUAAGAGCUCUACGGCCGAGAGGAUUUCGCGCUUACAUCACGGUGGAUGCACGUAACACAAACUUACUAUAUUUCUAUGCAACUACAUACAAUAAUAUGCAAGAUGCUCUAAAUUUUGGACCUGAUAAGGGUCAAAUUGAGGGUGCAGCAGUAAGACAACCGAAUGGUAGAUGGCUGUUUGAAGAUUACUUUGUCGCUUUAACAGUAGGAACGGUUGUCAAAUAUGGUAUAUUUAUCCCUGAACAACUUCCUAAUGCAGCUGGUGAUGAUGGACUUAUGUUUAAUGGUCCACGAGUGGAUUACAAACUGUUUUAUGUGGCAGCUCUAGAAGACCCCUCGGCGCCUUUUCCGUAUUGCUUACCGACUAUCACCAAGGUGCGCGGCAGGCAAGUGUGCGCUGGUGACGUCAUUUUCGAAGACAAUUUUGACACACUUCGAGAAGACGUGUGGCAGAUAGAGCAGUAUAUACCCACAGAUCAUCCUGAAUAUCCAUUUGUGUCGUAUCAAAGGUUAAGAUCGGAUCCGAAUGUUUUUGUGGAAAACGGCAACUUGCACAUCGUUCCCAAACUGCAGGACGCUUUGAUGAGUGAUCACAAUCAGUCGAUUGAAACUGGAUCUCUUGAUUUAACAGAUGGUUGCACAAGAAGUGAGUGCUCAAAAGUGGCUUUCGGACCGAAUAUACUGCCGCCGAUAGUGAGCGGUCGACUGACCAGCAUACCCUUCGCCUUCACCUAUGGGUUUGUUUUCAUAAGAGCUAAGAUCCCUCGAGGGGACUGGCUCUAUCCUGAAUUACUACUUGUUCCAUUAUUCAAGAAAUUCAUCGGAGAAAAGGCCUUGGCCAGCAUAUUGAAAGUAGCGAGGAUAAGCGACGUCCUUUCUGGAUUUAAAAAUUUUAAGGGAUGGAACGCAGAUGAACGUUGUAUUAACGGAGGACCACAUACAAGCACUCAAGCUGCAAGAGAAGAGCGAUCGGGUCAAUUUCAUGAGUUCGCGCUGCUAUGGAGGCCAGAUUUGAUAAAACUUUCUUUGGAUGAUGUUAUUUACAUGGAUUCUAAUGUAUGGUGGGCUGAUCCAUGUUACAAGGACAUUCAGUCUGACUUCCAGUCUAGCUUACAAGACUAUCGUCACCUAUCCCUGGGAGUGGCUGCCGGGGGCUCGCUGUUCCCGGACUCCAUCGUCACCGACGCCGGACACGCCAAGCCUUGGCGCAACGGCGACGCCAAAGCCAGCCUCAAGUUCUGGCAGAACAAAACACUGUGGUUGCCGACUUGGACUGCGCCGAGCUUGGUCAUUGACUACGUUAAAGUUGUAGCUUUAGGAUACCGAUCUCUGGUAGACCCGUCAGCCCCGCCUCCGUAUUGCAAGAAUACUGUCACCAAGGUCCGCGGCAGACACGUGUGCGCUGGUGACGUCGUUUUUGAGGACAAUUUUGACACACUCCAAGAGUCUCAGUGGCAGAUCGAACAUUAUAUACCCACAGAUCAUCCAGAAUAUCCAUUUGUGUCAUAUCAAAGGUUAACCUCGGAACCAAAUGUGUUCGUGGAAAACGGAAAACUGCACAUUGUUCCCAAACUGCAGGAUGAAUUGAUGAGUGAUCACAAUCUGGCAAUUGAAACUGGAUCACUUGAUUUAACAGAUGGUUGUACAAGAAAUGAGUGCUCAAAAGUUGCUUUCGGAUCGGAUAUACUGCCGCCGAUAGUGAGCGGUCGCCUGACCAGCAUACCAUUCGCCUUCACAUACGGGGUGGUGUACAUAAGAGCCAAGAUCCCACGAGGUGAUUGGCUCUAUCCUGAAUUAUUACUUGUUCCAUUAUUCAAGAAAUUCGUUGGUGAAAAAGCCUUGGCCAGCAUAUUGAAAGUAGUGAGAAUAAGCGACGUUGUUGCAGGAUUUAAGGAUUUUACAGGAUGGAACGUGGAUCAACGUUGUUAUGGUGGCGGACCGCAUAAAACAACUGAAUUCGUACGCGAUGAGUUAUCAGAUGACUUCCAUGAGUUUAGUCUGCGCUGGACGCCAGAUGCAAUAAAACUUUUUGUGGAUAAUACUAUGUACAUGGAUUCUAAUGUGUGGUGGGCUGACCCGUGCUACAAGGACAUUGAGUCUGACUUCAGAUCUAGCUUACGCGAUUAUCGUCACCUAUCCCUGGGAGUGGCUGCCGGGGGCUCGCUGUUCCCGGACUCCAUCGUCACCGACGCCGGACACGCCAAGCCUUGGCGCAACGGCGACGCUAAAGCCAGCCUCAAGUUCUGGCAGAACAAAACACUGUGGUUGCCGACUUGGACUGCGCCGAGCUUGCUCAUUGACUACGUUAAAGUUGUAGCCUUAGAAUAGUUAUUCAAUCGAAAUAAAUGUUGUCAUUUUAAAAACUUCUUUU